GCGGCCUCUGCCUUUCCUCCUGCGACCUCUCUCUGCGUCCUCCUCUUGUCCCUGGUUCUCCUGUCCCCCCUCCUCAGCGUGGCUGUCUCCGCAGUGUCCUUUAACCCGCCUGGGGCUUCCGGCACCUGGUGGCUUCCCCUCUCCGUUCCUGUCUGUCUUUCUCUUUGUUGUCUGUCUUUCCUUUCUCUGUCCUUGGUCAAGCAGCCAGUGGAGACUUAAUUAACGUCCCCAUGUCCAGCCCCCGCAGCACCCCAGGCAGGGUGAGCUAUGAGCCCGGUGCCCUGUCCCUGGGCCAUCAACUGUCAACACUCCCAUCAUCUCCCAAGGAAGUCCACCCCCACCGACCCCGGCGUCACAGUCUGUGUGUGGCUAGGAUGAGACCCUGCUCGGAACACUCAGGCGCAAGCUCCGGGGUGGACGUUGGCCACCUCUGUGUCUCAUCUGUCUCUUGCCUGCGCAUCUCUGUCUGCUGUCUCUGGCCGCGUCUCCCCGGGGGCUGCCCGGGGGAGGGUCUCAGCCUCCCUCACUUCCUCUCUCCCGCUUCCCAGCACUUCAUGAAACCCUUGCAGCGGUUCCUCACGCCCCAGGACAUGGAGAACAUCUUUGUCAACAUCGAGGACCUGCUUCGUGUGCACACCCUCUUCCUAAAGGAGAUGAAGGAGGCCCUGGCCACCCCGGGAUCACCCACCCUAUACCAAGUCUUCAUCAAAUACAAGGAGAGGUUCCUAGUCUACGGCCGCUACUGCAGCCAGGUGGAGUCUGCCAGUAAGCACCUGGACCAAGUGGCCACAGCCCGGGAGGACGUGCAGAUGAAGCUGGAGGAAUGUUCUCAGCGCGCCAACAACGGCAGGUUCACCCUGCGGGACCUGCUCAUGGUGCCCAUGCAGCGGGUGCUCAAGUACCACCUCCUUCUCCAGGAGCUGGUGAAGCAUACGCAGGACACGGUGGAGAAGGAGAACCUGCGGCUGGCCCUGGACGCCAUGAGGGACCUGGCGCAGUGCGUGAACGAGGUCAAGAGGGACAACGAGACCCUGCGGCAGAUCACCCACUUCCAGCUGUCCAUUGAGAACCUGGGCCAGUCUCUGGCCAACUUUGGCCGGCCCAAGAUCGACGGGGAGCUGAAGAUCACUUCCGUGGAAAGGCGCACCAAGACGGACAGGUAUGCGUUCCUGCUGGACAAGGCUCUGCUCAUCUGCAAGCGCCGGGGGGACUCCUACGACCUCAAGGUCUUUGUGAACCUGCACAGCUUCCAGAUCCGGGAUGACUCCUCCGGAGACCGGGAAAACAAGAAGUGGAGCCACAUGUUCCUCCUGAUCGAGGACCAAGGCGCCCAGGGCUAUGAGCUGUUCUUCAAGACUCGAGAGCUGAAGAAGAAGUGGAUGGAGCAGUUUGAGAUGGCCAUCUCCAACAUCUACCCAGAGAAUGCCGCCGCCAACGGGCACGACUUCCAGAUGUUCUCCUUUGAGGAGACCACCUCCUGCAAAGCCUGCCAGAUGCUGCUCAGAGGCACCUUCUACCAGGGCUACCGCUGCAGUCGGUGCCGCGCACCUGCACACAAGGAGUGUCUGGGGAGGGUCCCUCCGUGCGGCCGACACGGGCAAGACUGUGCCGGAACUAUGAGGAAGGAUAAGCUGCAUCGAAGGGCUCAGGACAGAAAAAGGAGUGAACUCGGCCUGCCUAAGAUGGAGGUGUUUCAGGAGUACUACGGGCUGCCCCCGCCUCCCGGAGCCUUUGGGCCUUUUCUCCGCCUCAGCCCGGGCGACAUCGUGGAGCUGACCAAGGCCGAGGCUGAGCAGAACUGGUGGGAGGGCAGGAAUACAGCUACCAACGAAGUCGGCUGGUUUCCCUGCCACAGGGUGAAGCCCUACGUGCACGGCCCUCCUCAGGACCUGUCUGUCCAUCUCUGGUACGCUGGCCCCAUGGAGCGCGCGGGCGCAGAGAACAUCCUCACCAACCGCUCCGACGGGACCUUCUUGGUGCGGCAGAGGGUGAAAGACACAGCGGAAUUUGCCAUCAGCAUUAAGUAUAAUGUCGAGGUCAAGCACAUCAAAAUCAUGACGUCAGAAGGACUGUACCGGAUCACCGAGAAGAAGGCUUUCCGGGGCCUGGUGGAGCUGGUGGAAUUUUACCAGCAGAACUCCCUGAAGGACUGCUUCAAGUCCCUGGACACCACCUUGCAGUUCCCCUACAAGGAGCCCGAGAGGAGAGCCAUCAGCAAACCAGCAGCAGGGAGCGCCAAGUACUUUGGCACGGCCAAAGCCCGCUAUGACUUCUGUGCCCGGGACCGAUCGGAGCUGUCCCUGAAGGAGGGCGACAUCAUCAAGAUCCUCAACAAAAGGGGGCAGCAAGGCUGGUGGAGAGGGGAGAUCUACGGCCGGGUCGGCUGGUUCCCUUCCAACUAUGUAGAGGAAGAUUACUCUGAAUACUGCUGAGCCCGGUGCACUGGCAGAGAGAGGGGGACACUCCAGGCUCUGAGCCCAGGAUGAGCCCGAAGCAGGACCACGGGCUGUGACAGGUCCCAGUGGGCGGAGAGUCUAGAUGGACUGUCCAGGGCCAGCAUCCAGUUGGCAGGACUCCCGGGAUGGUGCCCUGCUAUGGUUAAUUUAUAACUCGCCGACUGCCUCUUGGGUCCCCCCUAAAAGGCGGGGCUCGAGGCAACUGCUUUUAAUAAAAUGAUAAAUGCA